AUGUCUUUCGCGAUUCAGGUAGAAAUGGUUCCAAACAGAUUUCUCCUUCUGCUUGUGAUUGGUACAACAAAACUGCUGACAUGUUAUGGUAUCCCCGUACAACGCCGUAACCAGAUGACUGCAGGGCAGGAUGCAGCUAGAUAUGCCAUUGUUUUAGAUGCCGGUUCCACCAAAACCAAGCUUAUUGUGUACAAGAUCGCUGCUAAUGCACCACCGUUAGACGUCAAAGAUAUUCAGUUACUUGGUGGUUCCAAAGUAAAGCCUGGACUCGCUUCCUUUGCUGGUAACCCGAGUGUGGUUGAUGGUUAUCUGAAGCCCUUGCUGGAGUCAGCAAUGAAGAUCGUCCCGGCAGACAAACGCCACUCUACUCCAAUCUUCUUAUUUGCCACAGCAGGAAUGCGACUAUUGACUAAACAACAAUCCGACGCCAUAAUGAAAGAAGUCAAAAAAGUAUUUAAUGAUAAAACAAAAUGUCCCUUUACUUUUAACCCUGAAACAGAUGCAAAGGUAAUUUCGGGUGCGUUCGAGGGGAUAUACGCUUGGAUUUCUCUCAAUUUUCUUAAGGGCAGAUUUAUCCCCGAAAAUUCUGAGUCAACGUUUGGCAUACUCGAGGUAGGCGGGGCUUCCCAUCAAAAUGCUUUUGAGAACCCUUCGAAAGAAACCAUUUCUUUGACCGUAGGGAGAAAAACGUAUCAUCUCUUUGCUAGGAGUUAUCUAGGGUAUGGGUUAGACGAAGCUCGUAAACAAUAUUUCGAGACUCUCGCACGAAAUCCAACGGUAAAUGGAGUUCUUCAAAGUCCUUGUCAUCACAACGGUUUUCAAGAUCAAAUUUCCAUCAAUGGUGGAAUGUUUACCAUCAGAGGGACGGCACAAGUAAAAGAGUGUCGUUCGAUAAUUCAACAAACCUUUUUCUGCAAAAGUCCCAAUUGCCCAUUUUAUGACCAGCCUAAAUUACACGGGGAUUUUUUUGGUUUCUCGGGGAUAUUUUAUGCGGCAUAUGGAACGGGCAUGAUAAAUUGCUGGCAUUGUACCAAACCCUUAUCACCAGCUAUGUAUGAUGUGAGCUCUCAACACUUCUGCGCCAAAAAAUACCAAGAAGUUGGCAGUGACCCUUACGCCAAAAACAACUGCUUUUCCAGCAAUUUUGUCUUUGAGCUUUUGUCACAGGGCUAUGGGUUGCCUAUCAAUAAACCAAUAGAAGUAGGAAACCAAGUGGAAGGGUUCGAUACGGGAUGGACUUUGGGUGCAAUGUUGUACAACUUGAAACUGUUAUAG